GAGAGCAAAAGAGAGCGAGAGAUAGAUAGGGAGAUAGAGAGAGAGAUAGCUACUUCCCUUCAAGCGAGGUGCGGCACGAGGUGCCAAGAGGAUUCUCCUCAGAUCGCUAAUGGACCUCUAUACCGAAUAUAUUGCCAAACACGAAAAAGUGAGUUUCAUGGGUUUUUUUGCAAAAAUAGACCACAGUUUGUCAAGACACAGCAAUUCAUGAAAUUCAACCUAGCUCUUUGCGAAAUCUGCGAGAACAUAGAUUUAAAACUCAAAGUCAUCGUUGAAGCAGGCAUCACAACACUUGGAAAAGACCGAAACCAUCUUCUCCACCUCAUGCUGUGUCCUCGGGCCCCAGGAGCAAGAUUCCAUCAUUUGUCUUGCAUUAAGCUGGACUGA